UGCGCCUCUGUGGAAUACCAGAACCUCUAUACGAUAGUCACCUUUGGUACGCCAUAGGAAUACGGUCACUUGGAUCCACCACUUCCCCGAGCUGCAAUAAGAAGAUCUGGUCGUUAAAUCAAGAGUGCGCACAGGUGACUUUUCAUGCGAAACAAGCAACACAAUCGCUCGAAUGCUCUAAAUAUGUUAUAUCAGAUCGAUAGAACCCGGAGGAAAUGUCCGUGUCCUCAAGCCACUUUGCCAUGGUGCUCUAAAUAUGUGAACGUCGGAUGACUGCCCUUGUGAUACAAAUUCAGCGCUCGAGUACCGGGUUAUAAAUCCUCGCAAGUUCUUCACGCCCAUCCACUCCCCGGAAUCCAAACAUGCGGGCAUACUAUCGAGACACAUCUACAGCCAACCUCAAUUUACCGCACGACUCUGGUCGAACGGUUUCUGAAGACAAACUAGUUGCUCUAGGACUCAAAUUUUGGACUUUGGAAGGUACCGACUCCCAGUGCAAGGACAAGCUGAGGCAAGUCGGUGAAGGACUGGGGUUCGUCAGUGGUACCAUGCAGGAGUAUCUUUGGGAACUGCCAAAUCCGGGGGCGCCAGGUGCUCCGGACACGACUGCUCAGGAAAACCUUGAUCAAUUCUCCAAGGAGUUUGUGACUCACGUAGACACAAUCGCUCUUGUUUUGAAAGGAACAUGGUACUAUGAUUUCAAAGAAUCUGGUACAGGCACCUACAUUCGCAUCGUGUUGGGACCCAAAGAAGCAUGUUUCUCUCCGCGAGGUGUCGUUGCCCAAUUAUUCACCCACGCGGAUACCUCCCAUCAUACCACGGUUUUCAACCUUUACAAGACGUCCCAGUCAUUUGAGAAGCAAGCGUUGUACAAGCAUGUUUAAAGAUUUGCACAAACAUUCCCCAUCGUGUUGAGUAUUUGAAAGGCGCCAUCUGUCGCCACGAAACAUUGUUUCGGAAUGUAUGUACUACAAUC